CAGAGAAUCCGAAACACCGUCCUCGACAGGAGGCAGCAUCCCCAGCAACAAACACAAAGGGGCCAAGAUGGAGUAGCGCUGAAACACAGCACUAGACGGGAACCCUACUGCAUGUAACCUCACAUUCAAACAGGAACUGUUCAGUAGUGAGUGUUUUUUUAGGACGGAUAUACAAACUCCCGUGGAGCUCGCUGAGAAGAACAGAGAAUAAUGGAGCCAGCAGAGCAGCCAGGCCCAGAUUCAGGUUCUCAGGAUGUCAACCCAGUGUUUCUGCAGCAGCUCAGAGAACUGGACAUCCCAGAGGAGGCGGCCAAACAGGCACUUCUCCACACUCGGAAUGUGUCUGCCGAGGAGGCGGCCAUGUACUACUUCAACAAACUGGAGAAUGAGGAGGAGGGCGACGAUGACCUCAUGUUCAAGAUGGUGUUUGUGGUGAAUAUGGAUCUGGCCAUGGGUGUUGGAAAGGUGGCAGCCCAGGUCGGCCACGCUGCUGUGGGUUUGUACCAGGCUCUGCAGGAGAAGAACAGCUGGAGGGAGAUGGCCUGGAAGUGGGACCACAGUGGGGCCAAGAAGGUGGUGGUCCAGGGCACCAAUGUGGCUCAUCUGCUGGAGCUGCAGGCCCUAGCCAUGAGCCUCAGCCUGCCCACUUACCUGGUCCAAGAUGCAGGACUUACCCAGGUGGAGUCUGGAUCUCGCACUGUCCUCGCCAUCAUGGGCGAAGAAGAGAUGGUGAACAACGUUACUGGCAGUCUGAAGCUGCUCUGAAGGGCUCAAACCUACAGUGGGGGAGGCAUGGCUCUGCAGUGGCACGGUGCAACCAGCAGAGGGCAGCAUUUCCCAACAGCAGGGAGAGUCUUGGCAUGCAAGAGUGUAACAACCUUUUUAAGAAAAAAAAAAGAAGACCAGAACAGGGGGAAACAAGCUAUGUCCCAACACCAGAAAACAAACACUCUCAGCCAUUUGUUUCCCUUUCAUUCUUUGUCUGAGCCGCUUAGUUGGCCAUUGAGAACAGGAAGGGAGAAAGAGGCCGGUUCCUCACUUAGGAACACGACAAAGUCAGUUAAGUUUUCUUUUUCUGGUGACCUUUCUCUUUUUUAAACAGGCCACCUGCUUAGUCUCAUUAGAAUCUCGAUCAAUUUAUGAACACAUCUAAUCCGUCCAGUUUCACAUAUGGCAAAGUCAAAUCAAGUAUUUUUGGUGAUCUACCAAUAUUGUAGUUGAGCUCAUUCAAAGGGCCGUGUACUGUAGAGUUGUGUAAUUACAGUUAUACCAAUGUCAGAUGUAGUAUUUCCCCAUGGAUUCACUACUCCUGAGUGUGGGGUAACUAACUGAUAGUAUGUGAACACUCACUUUUGAUGUUUCAUUGAUUUUUUUUUUGUGUCUGUAUGCAACUAUCCUCCCAAAGAUCCCUAACCUAUAGACUCCAUACCAUCACAUAAUACUGAUAAAUGGCUAUAUUUUGUAUACAUAUGCCUGUUAGGGCCAUAUCCUGUAUAAUCUGUGGUGUGCCAUCCUAAACAGUAUGCACAGUUACUGGACUUUGUUGUAUUGUUUUUGUUUCUUUAUGCAAAAAGAAAAAAAACAUCCUUAGUUUCAAUAUUUGAAUUUCUGGGUAGAAUCUGACUGUGGGCAGAAGUAGAGGUCUGUGCUGGGCCUAACUUUAUGCACUCUGACUGCCUGCGGGGAAUAGUUUACAAUACUGAAUUUGAUCAACUUAUAGCUUGAGAGAACGCAAAUGAUUGUGUGGCAAUUGUGAAUAGUCCUGCACACUAAUAAUCUUAACACACCAAGAAUGACGUUUGAGCUGUUGUGUCAGUGUUGUCACUAACAAAUAUUUGUGGGCAUGAACUGCCACUGCCAGAUUUCCAUUCUUAGCUUAUUAUCAAAGAUCUUACCUUGUUACACAAAUCUUAAAAAAAAAAAUGGCAGUGUCAUGCAUGCAAUAUGAAAUGUAUAUUUGAACAAAACGGACCGUAAGAAUUCCAAAGUUAUGUCAAUUUUAGUAACAUGUCCACACUUUGAUACCUCCUGUGUUCUACAGUCAUUUGUGUAAGUGCUUCAGACUAUGGGGACGAUUAAAAAUGCCUCCAGAUUAAGUA